AUGUGCUCGGUUUUGCGGGGAGACAGACCAAAGUUCCCUGAUGAUGCCGAAGCUGAUGGGUUUGAUCUCGCGAAGAAAUGCUGGGCCGGGGAUACGGACAACAGGCCAACGUCCCGUGCGCUCAUGGAGUCUUUCAAUAAUAUCGGUUGGUGGGAGCAAGGGCCGGUGUGUCCUCUGUGUUGAUAUACCAUGUUCUUUGAGUUGAGUACGGGUGGAAUGACCCGGACGAAUUGAUGGCUUUGCGCGGUAAAUUGUUUCCCGCGGGUUCGCAUGUUUGAGAGGACUGGACCAAUAGACAAAGAACGCGUCGAAAACUCGUCCGACCGACAACAUUGACUACAUGCACAGAGAUAAAAACUCUUACUCCGGAGUACAUGAAACCCAACAACCUACAGCAGCACACCCAUGGCCGUUGCAGUCCCGAAAAUAGAUUGCAACAACCACGCCUCAAUCAAAAGAUGUACGGGAGAGCUAUAAUAGAGCAAGAGUGCCCGCCACGCGACACACACUAAAUUAUGUCUACAACCAACAUUUGUUUCCCCGAUGCGCUGAUAUGCACUCUCCGGCGCGAGUAAAUUUCGAAUUCCUUGGCACUACCGUGUCA